AUGGGUCUACAAUCUGAAUGGACCGAUUUUGACCGUGUUGACUGGGUAGGUAUUGAUAAGGCCGUCGAAGAGGGUCAAAGGAAGAGACAGCUCGCACAUGAUGGUCCUUCUCGACACGUCUCGGAUCAAGCAAGCAAAAGACAGAGAACCAUGCCAGGCAAUGCUGGUAGUGAUCCCUUUUCAUUUUCCCCUUUUCUGAAGGCUGCUCAGCCACCUGUUCAAUUUCCUGCUGCAUGGCCAGAUGAGCUUCAUCACGUCCAGCCUGUGCCAUACAUGAUCACACGAUUUCUUAAUGAUGCGUUAGAGCUGCCAGAUGGAUAUGAGAUAGAUCCGCUCAAGUUCAUCUGUUCUGAAGUCGCAGAUUCAGAAAUAAAGGAUGAGAUUUCUGACAGCACUUCAUCUCAAGGCACAGAAUCGGACCCUAAUUUCCGUCCACCCGCUUCAGUAUGUCACCGAAACGAAGAUGACGACGAUAGAACCCAGACCGAUGUCGGUAAUGACGACGGUGAGAACGACGAUGACGACAACGGCCUUGAAGAACACGACGCCGACGAAGAUGCCGAUCAAACCGACGCCGACGAAGAGAGCAGCGCACUCUGCGAAUUCUCCCACCCAUGCCACAUGGGCCCCUCCCCAGACGGGAUGCACUUCCGCAAGGUCGUCUCCCACUUCUUCGGACGGAACAAGGCUUCGACGAAGCUCUUCCCCGAUGCUGUCUGGGUCCACUAUUGUCGGAAGCACUACCAGCGAGCCCGCUACCGCGCCGACCAAUGGCCUUUCACGCAAUGCGAGUUGCUUCUUGAAUCCCUCUCCCGCAUGGAGCAGUGGAAUGGAGUUGAAAGCUUCGAAAUUACACUCCGCCGCCGCGAGGUACUGCGAGUCUCAGAGAAGGAACACCAGAGUGAUAUCAGUCACGCUGGCCCAAGUCGUGCGGGUUCAAGUCGGUCUGGUCCCAGCAAUGCUGGCCGCAGCAAACAGAAAAAGACCUCUGCUCGUACUAAGACGAAGAAACCCUCGACUACUCGAGGUCUGACCAUGCGUGGGCGAAGACUUCCAAGAGCUGUUACUGCUCCCGUGCCAGAGUGGCUCCGUGAAUGUGUGGGAUGCGGAAAGUCUUUCCAAGAGAUCCGUGACAUUGUCAACCAGACUCAUCAAUACAUGAUAGAUAUGCGAGAGGAGGAAAAAGCCCAUGAAGAAUCUCUCGCGAGAAGCAGUUCCAAGGACCUUGAGCGUCAGCAAGGCAGCCGGGCGAGAUUUCCGGACAUCGAGAUACUUCCUACGUUCAAGCCAUGGGUCCUUGAUGCUGCGCUUCGGCAGCGUGAGCAGGCAGGUAUUGAGGCUGCUGCGGCGCACGGGGAGUCUAGCAAGAGAGAGGAUAGCGACGUGGAGGAGAAGGCUGCCUCUCUGGACGGAACUGAGAGUGCCAGUUCCAUGGAGGAUGGGCGUGGUCGAGAGGAUGCGGAGAUCGGCCGGACUGGAUUGAACCGAGGAAAUUCGGCGAGCCAACGUCGACGCAACGACAAGAGCUACGUGGCCAUGGUCACCAGAGUCACCCCGCGCGGCUCAGUCAAGAAGCCCCGUGACUUGAAAGGGAAAAGCCGUCAACUCUAA